GCGGCGACGGACGUACUUUUCUAGCUUAUCACAGUCAGCGUGUAGUACUUUUGCCGAUCGGUACUCUUGUCGAACACUGUUUGAACAAAUACUGAGAUUUGUGUUAUGAAUGUGCAUGGUGUUAGGUGAAAAGUGGUCAUAGAAGAAUUAGUCUCAGACAUUGCAGCAUGCAGUCCAUAAAGGCCGACGAGUUGCCGGAAAAUCCACGCGUACGCGCAAAUCCGUUAUCUGCGCUUUUGCUAUGUUUUACUAUACCGAUAUUUUUCAAAGGGCGUAAAAAAACUCUGGAUGAAAGGGAUCUAUAUAAGGCAUUGGAUGAACACAAGUCAGAAACGCUCGGUAUUAAAUUAAAUGCAGCUUGGGAAGCGGAAAUUGAAAAGAAGCGCCUUAAAAAUAAAGAACCCAACUUGCUUCUAGCUGUGAUACGCGUAUUUGGGCUGCAAUUCUUAGCUUUAGGAUUCUUACUAUUUUCAUUGGAAAUCGGGCUGCGCGUCACACAGCCACUAUUUCUUGGAGGUCUAGUCAAUUACUAUGCGAAUCCUACGAACAAAGAUGAUAAAUAUACCGCAUACAUCUACGCCAUGGGUGUGAUACUCUGCAAUGUCAUUAAUGUGCUCUUCAGGCAUCCCUAUAUGCUGGGUAUACAACAUAUCGGCAUGAAGGUGCGUCUCGCCAUGUGCAAUCUGAUUUACAGGAAAGCGCUGCGUUUGAAUAGAACUGCGUUGGGCGGCACCACCACGGGCCAAGUAGUCAAUCUGAUAUCAAAUGAUGUCGGUCGCUUGGACACAUCCAUCAUGCACAUACACGUGUUGUGGGUGGGACCCAUAGAGAUCAUCGUUGUAGCCGUGCUUAUGUAUAGAGAGAUCGGUAUCGCCUCGCUUUUCGGGGUCGCAGCUAUGCUGUUAUUCAUACCGCUACAAGCCGUUUUGGGCAAAAUGACAUCGAAGCUGCGUUUGCGCACCGCCUUGCGCACCGAUGAGCGCGUGCGCAUGAUGAACGAGAUUGUCUCGGGCAUACAGGUGAUUAAAAUGUAUGCGUGGGAGAAACCUUUCGGCAAGAUGAUACAGUUUGUACGUCGAAAGGAAAUGUCAGCCAUACGCUACAACAACUAUAUACGCGGCAUCUUGCAAUCGUUCGCGAUGUAUAUGACCCGCGUAUCUGUAUUCGUCAGCUUAGUCGGCUAUGUGCUGUUGGGAAACUUUCUCACCGCGGAAAAAGCCUUCGUUAUCACUGCCUUUUACAGCAUUUUGCGCAACACCAUGGUUGUGGCCUUUCCCAAUGGUAUUCAACAAAUCUCGGAAACGCUUGUGUCUAUGAAGCGUAUAACCGAUUACUUAUUAUACGAAGAAAUCGGUGAUAACUCGAAAAUUUCAGCGACUAGCUGUAAUAAAACUAAGAAAGCAGACGACCUGAAUGGUAAUCUAAAAUUAACGAAACAAAUAACGCAGGAGCCAGUACGUAAAGAAGCUGGCAUUGAAAUAUGCGAUUUGAAAGCGAAGUGGGAUCCCACCGCAAUAGAAUAUACGCUGAACAAUGUGAAUUUAAAUGUUAAACCGCGCACAUUAGUGGCCGUCAUUGGACCGGUGGGUUCCGGAAAGUCAAGUUUGAUACAAGCCAUUCUUGGCGAACUGCCCACAGAAUCGGGUUCCAUUACUGUACACGGCUCCUACUCGUACGCCUCGCAGGAGCCUUGGUUGUUCACUGGCACCAUACGGCAGAACAUAUUAUUCGGCUUACCAAUGGACAAGCAUCGUUAUCGCGCGGUGGUGAAAAAAUGCGCGCUGGAACGCGAUUUUGAGCUGCUGCCGCAUGGCGACAAAACGUUAGUGGGUGAACGUGGCGCAUCGCUUUCGGGCGGUCAAAAGGCGCGUAUCAGCUUAGCGCGCGCCGUAUACCGUAAAGCCGAUGUUUACCUGCUAGAUGAUCCACUCAGCGCGGUGGACACGCAUGUCGGUCGUCAUCUCUUUGACCAGUGUAUGCGCGGCUAUCUGCGCAAUGAAAUCGUCGUUUUGGUUACGCAUCAGCUGCAAUUCUUAGAACAAGCUGAUAUCAUUGUUAUAAUGGAUAAGGGCAAGAUCAGUGCUGUGGGCACCUAUCAGUCGAUGCGCAGUAGCGGUCUGGAUUUUGCGAAUUUGCUAACGGCUCCAGAAGAGAGUAGUAAGGGUGGUGAUGAUAGCGAUGCGGAAGGGAAGAGUAAGUCAACACAGAUCACAAUGAAUCGACAGAAUAGCACUGCGACAAUGAGUUCGAUGGACGAGUCGAUAGCGGACUCGUUGAUUGAAGAAGCGGCUGAUUCGCCUUUGCAAGUGCAGGAGAAGCGUGAGAUGGGUAAAAUUGGUUGGGGACUAUAUAAAAAGUAUUUCGGUGCCAGUGGCGGCUAUAUGUUGUUCUCUAUAACAGCGUUCUUCUGUGUAGCGGCGCAGAUAUUGGGGUCUACUGGCGACUUCUACGUCUCUAUGUGGGUUAAUAAAAACGAGCAACAAUUGGCUAGUCAAGCGCGUGAUUUGGCUGUAAACAUAACUAACGCCACGGAUGCGCGCGAUCCAAGACUGAAUAGUAAUACUGACCCAAUGGAUAUUUAUAUAUUCUUCGGCAUCAUUUUGGCCAUCAUCGUUUUUGCUGUCGGCCGCAGCUUGCUCUUCAACACAAUGACGAUGCUGUCCUCAACGGAGCUGCACAAUGCAAUGUACCGUGGCAUCACACGCGCAUCCAUGUACUUCUUCCAUACAAACCCCUCUGGUCGCAUACUAAAUCGUUUCGCAAAGGACUUGGGUCAAGUGGAUGAGUUGCUGCCAUGGGUAAUGAUGGAUGUCAUACAGAAUUUCCUCAGCUUGUUUGGUAUUGUCAUUGUAAUCACCAUUGUGAAUCCAAUGAAUCUUCUGGUGACGGCUGUGCUGGCGCUUAUUUUCUAUGCAAUGCGUUCGUUUUACUUAAAUACAUCCCGCGAUGUAAAACGUCUUGAAGCAGUUACACGUUCGCCCAUCUAUUCACACUUGAGCGCCUCACUUAACGGCCUACCGACGAUACGCGCUUUCGCCGCCCAGCAGAUGCUAAUAAAUGAGUUUGACAAUUAUCAGGAUUUGCACAGCUCUGGCUAUUAUAUGUUUUUGAUAACAAAUCGCGCUUUUGGCUAUUGGCUGGACUGUUUCUGUGCGCUCUAUAUAGCUGUUACCACAUUAAGCUUUUUGGUUUCCUCACCUGACAAUGGUGGCGAUGUCGGCUUGGCUGUGACUCAGGCCAUGGGCUUAACGGGCAUGGUGCAAUGGGGUAUGCGUCAGUCAGCUGAGCUCGAAAAUAGCAUGACGAGCGUAGAACGUUUAAUAGAGUAUGAAGAAAUUGAACCCGAAGGAGAACUUGAAAGUAAACUCAGUAAAAAACCACCGAAAACAUGGCCCGAACAGGGUAAAAUCGUAUUUGAUGAGCUUAGUCUACGCUAUUUUCCGGAUUCGAAAUCAGAUCGUGUGUUGAAAUCGUUAAACUUUGAAAUACAGCCCUCGGAAAAGGUGGGUAUUGUGGGACGCACUGGUGCAGGCAAAUCUUCGCUCAUCAAUGCGCUCUUUCGCUUAUCGUACAAUGAGGGUUCCAUCAUUAUAGACACAAGAAAUAUUGAGGAGUUGGGUUUGCAUGAUUUGCGCAGCAAAAUCUCCAUAAUACCACAAGAGCCGGUGCUCUUUUCGGGCACAAUGCGCUACAAUUUGGAUCCAUUCGACGAAUAUUCAGAUGCCAAAUUAUGGGCAGUGCUUGAGGAGGUUGAACUGAAAGAUGCUGUAGCCGAGUUGCCGAGCGGCUUACAAAGCAAAAUAUCCGAGGGUGGCAGUAAUUUCAGUGUCGGUCAACGACAGUUGGUAUGCCUGGCACGUGCUAUACUGCGUGAAAAUAAAAUUCUUGUGCUGGACGAGGCAACGGCAAAUGUGGACCCACAGACUGAUGCACUCAUACAAUUGACCAUAAGAAGUAAGUUCAAAUAUUGCACGGUUCUCACAAUUGCGCAUCGUUUGCACACGGUCAUGGACUCGGAUAAGGUGCUGGUCAUGGAUGCUGGGCGCGCGGUGGAAUUCGACGCACCGUAUAAAUUGUUGACUGAAAGUGAAUCUAAAGUAUUCUACGACAUGGUCAAGCAAACCGGCAAUAGUGCGUACGAUAAUCUACUCAUGAUAGCUCGAAAGGCGUACGAAGAGAAUCCGCGCUUCAAAAAUAAAACUGUAUAGAGUUACAGGAAUAACAGUCACAGCCAGCGGGACGGUAUGUCCACUCAGGAAAUGUUUCCAUAUUUAACUAGUGUAUUACUUCAAACUAACACAGUUGACUAAAAGUUCGGCAUUUGAUUAGCCGUUUAUUAGUCAUCAGAAAAAUUUAUUUAUACACAUUAUAGGCAUUUGAUGGCAACCAAAAAUAAAAUUGUUCAACUGACAUAAGACAAUAUAUGUAUAACAUAAGCGUUUUAUGUUAGCGAUAUAUGAAUUUUACAGUAAUUAGUAAUUUUAAGAGGCAUGUACAUAUUUAUAUUUUACAAGGUCUAUGAAUAUGCUAUCGGAAAAUUAAUAGAAAAUUGCAAAGUAUAAUAUAUUAAUGGAAGCUUAAAAUAUGUACUUAUUCUAUGUUUUUUAAGAGAAUAAGUAACAUCUCUGUGCUGUAAAUAUGUACUUAAAGCAUUUAUACAAGUAUACAUAUAUACUUAUGAGUAUACAUAUUUAUACAUUUAAAUAUUAAUAAAUUGAUAUAUCCGAAGUUUCAGGAUAAGUUAUGUUACAAAAUGUACAACAUUAAUUUUACUCUGU